CCGGAGGAGUGUUCUAUACGAGUGCAGAGGGACUGCGAUGCGAAGCCAUCCUGUUGAUACUAGUCUUUCGGCUGAAGUGGGUUUUGAGGUAUCCUAGUAUUGUCACCGUUUGAUGUUGAAAUCUGUUGUUGUGGUACGAGCAUCUUGGUCCUGUGACACGUCAUGGGGUCUAAUUACCCGGAUUUGGGACGGGAGAAUCGUCGGGAGUGGGGAAGUGAAUGGGGAAGAGAGCAAGGAAGAUACGAGUCUGGGCGCGACCGUUAUGGCGAUAGAAGACGGGAGCGAUCACUGGAGCCCGAAAGUUCAAGUCACGUUGUCCAGAGGGAAGCCCCGCAACGAUUUACACCGGUGUGCUACGAAUGCGGAGAGCCUGGACAUUAUCGAAACCAGUGUCCUAAGCUGGGAAGGGAUGGUGGUCCGAGAACUGGAAGCCAGCGAGGGCGGUCGACAUCACCACGCCAGCUCACACGUCAGCCCGAGCCUCGUGCAACGUCCGAAGACCCAGCGAUGGCACCUUGAUGAAUCGUUACAGCAAUGUUAUGAACGAGACCUGCGCGAAAAAGUGAAGGGUAAGCAGCAAGUUGUCGAGCCUUCGUCCGAUGAGGAAUCCGUAGAUUCGCAUGAAAGUGAUGUCCACACGUUGAGUCGCAAGACUGAACGAUUGGUGAUUUCAAGGAAGCGUAAGCGUGGAACCGACCUGCCUAUCGACGACAGCCCACCUAUGGAGACACCGGCAAAGCGUGUCAUGAAGCGCCGCCUUCAGCUCGGUUGUCGUCACCAGCCUCUUAAGAAGUCGCCUCCUUAUAAGACACCGCUGACAGGCAAGAGGAAGAUCCCGACUGCCCUGGGAUCCGUCGGUAAGCUGAGGUUCAUUACGGACAAUCUUCGACAGCUGGGCAACAUGAAUGUUGACGAGCUGAAGAGGAUCUACACAUCUGAAGGCAUGGAAUAUGAAGGUAAGAAGAUGCAAGCGAUACUUGCGAUUGCCGAGAAGCGUACAUUAGUUGCAUAUGGCGAAGAGGAGGGCCGAGUUGUGGAAGAGAGGGUGGGAGAGAACAAGGAGGGUGGAGAAGAAGACGAGCGAGAGGUUGGGAGUGGAGAAACCUGAACUACAAGUAGACUUUGGGUGUUGUGUGGAUGUUUGAUCAAAUUCCAUCGUGAGCAUUGGAAUGACGGUAUUGUUGAAAGGUUGUACAGACUGGUCGUAGUCUCACUCGCCCUUCGAAAUUAGAUUCGUUGGUUGGGUAAGUGUGUUGACGCAUGGGUUAACUUAUAUCGACAGUUUGGGAUUAGUUGUUUCACUACAGAUAGCGCUGGAAUUUACAUUCUCAUCUCUCCUAAAUGCCGUGCCCAAUAGGUGGGGGAGACGAAUCGGGACUACCAGACGCGUUGGAAGGAACAUAUCUCGGUGUGCAAUCGAGGUAGGAAGAACAAUCAUCUGUAUAGAUGGUGGAGAGUCUUCGGCUAUGAGUCAUACAUUCUGAUCUCGAUUGAUAGAUGCACACAAUCUGAUAUGACAGUGAUUGAAGAUAUUUACAUCAGACGGUGGUGCCCGACUUUGAAUACGACGGGUAAAACUAAGGUUGGCAAACGAGGGGGACGAAGGAGAAAAGGGCGACAUGAGAGGGACAGGGGAGGAGGGGGUCGCGCUGUAUGUGCGCGCCCAACAAACGUCGCACCUGUUA